AUGCUGGCGGUCCCCAUGACCUUGUCGACGUCGUCCUCCUCCAAUAUGGCCUGCACACUGGCCUCUGCCUCCAACCCUCCGUCCGCCAUCUCAUCUCGCCCCAAACUCUCCCUACAAACCGCCUGUCUCCCCCGAACCUUCGGCAGUUCAUCCACCGGACUCUCCCUAUCUCUGGCGGCCGGACCCACUGCCUCUCCCACCGUCCGGAAUACCUUCAACAACGCUUACGACCCCACUUCGGCCACCUCGUCUCCCUCGAAGCCAUCCGCGACCGGUCGCCUCGCCAUCUCAUCCUACAACAAUGUCGCCCACAACAAUAACAACAACACCAAUCCCUACCAACUUCCUCUCGGCGUCAAGAGCAUCCUCCGCAACUCCCCGUUAGAACCCACCUGUCGAUCACGCUCCAUCUCCAUUCCCUCCAGCGCGACCGGCGCCCGCCGCGCUUUCUUCCCCCCAAAGAAGCAGGUCAGCUAUCGUCAACCACUCGAAGAAGAAAUCCGCACAGUACACUACACCGCACGUCAUUCCGACCUCGCAGAAGACCCGCAACAACAACAACCUCAACAGCAACAGCAACAGCAACCCCAACGACCCGCCCCCCACACAGCCUCCGACGAGGCAGAAUCCGACUCCACCGCAAGCGGGGCCACCUCAGACGCCAGCACCUCAUCCUCAUCUGACGACGACACAAAUUCGUCCCUCGCACGGUCAUCCCGCAAGAAGCGGAAACAUCUCAGCGCCGAGCGACAAGUGCGCGCCGUCGCACUGAUGGACGGCAUCGAAGGCGACGGGUCCGCCACGCCACAGACCCCGCGUCAACACCGCGCCAAACGACGCUGCGAAUGGCGGUGGACGCUCGGUCCACUUGAAACCACCGAGAAGAUCGUCGAGCCAUUCCCGGCGCAAGACUCGGACGAGUUGACCCUCACCACUCCUCCUGCUGCUACUACAACCACUACACCGACUUCGACGACCCUACCCAUUCUAUCCACUUUAAAAACCCAAUCCACCCCACACACACGCGACAACGUCAGCCCUCUGUCCUGGGACUCAGACGUCCAGUCCCUGUCAGCAACAUCGCAGUUGACAUCCACGCCCAGCUCGUCCGUGCCGUCAGAACUGGACCUCGAGUAUAAGAUGCCGCUGUUGUCGGACGCGGAACCCGUCCUCAAGCCUGCAGACCAAUAA